AUGGCCAACGAACAGCCUCCGGCGCAGCCCCAGGCUGAGGGCUCCGAAAAUCUGCACACUGAUCCCGUCACCGGCGAGAAGAUCUCCAAGAGCGAACUGAAGCGACGACAGAAGCAGCGCGAGAAGGACGAGAAGAAGAAAGAGAAGGAAGCAGCAUUGCCCGCGCGGCCCAAGAAGGAAAAGAAGGACGACGUAGAAGAGCUGAACCCUAACCAAUACUUCGAGAUCCGCUCCAACAAGAUCAACGCGCUCCGAGCCUCCAAGCAGCCGGACCCAUACCCGCACAAGUUCCACGUCAACUACAAGAUUGCCGACUAUGUGCGCGACUUCUCGCACCUUAUCAAGGGCGACACGGAACCAGACAAGGAGAUUCGCAUGGGACUGCGCGUCAUGACCCAGCGCUCCGCUUCAAAUGCUCUCCACUUCUACGUUUGCAAGGCUGAGGGCGUCACGAUCCAGGUCAUGUGUCAAUUGCAGGAAUCCAAGGCCGACGUACCUUUCGAGAAGCAGCACGAAAACAUCCAGCGUGGAGACAUUAUCGGCGUCAUUGGCUUCCCAGGUCGGACAAACCCUAAGAAGGGUGGUGAGGGCGAGCUCAGUAUCUUCGCGCGGGAGGUCAUCCUCCUCACACCAUGCUUGAGGAUGCUGCCGACAGAGCACUUCGGGUACAAGGACCAGGAGCAGCGUCACCGAAACCGAUUCCUCGACCUCAUCAUGAACGACUCGACACGCCAAACCUUCAUCACUCGCACCAAGAUAGUAAAAUACAUACGCCGCUAUCUAGAUGAACAAGAUUUUUUGGAAGUGCAGACGCCCAUGAUGAACAAGAUUGCUGGAGGUGCCACUGCGCGGCCCUUUAAGACAUACCACAACGAGUUGGACAUGGAAUUGUUCCUGCGCAUAGCGCCCGAGCUGUACCUGAAGGAAUUGGUUGUCGGAGGACUUGAGAGGGUCUACGAGAUUGGUCGCCAGUUCCGAAACGAGGGAAUUGAUCACACCCAUAACCCUGAGGUAACGAAAUUGGGUAUUCAUUUCACGACCUGCGAGUUCUAUAUGGCCUACGCCGAUUACAAGGACCUUAUGGAAAUGACCGAAGAGCUCGUAAGUGGCAUGGUCAAGGAGAUCACAGGAGGCCACGAGACAGUCUACCACACUCAGAGCGGUGAAGUAUACAACGUCAACUGGGCGAGACCGUGGAGGCGAGUCGAGAUGAUACCUGCGCUGGAGGAGGCAACUGGCGAGAAGUUCCCACCGUCGAACGAGCUGCACACUGCGGAGACCAACGAGUUUCUCAAGCGGGUGCUCAAGAAGGUCAAACUUGACUGUACGCCCCCUCUUACCAAUGCCAGGAUAAUCGACAAACUAGUGGGAGAGUUCAUUGAGGAGACUGCGAUCAACCCUACUUUCAUCGUUGGCCACCCAGAGGUCAUGUCGCCUCUAGCAAAGUACCACCGCGAUAUUCCCGGCUUGACAGAGCGCUUUGAGCUCUUUAGUUGCAAGAAGGAACUGUGCAACGCCUAUACCGAAUUGAACGACCCCUUCGACCAGCGCUUACGAUUUGAAGAGCAAGCAAAUCAGAAGUCACAAGGUGACGACGAGGCCCAGCUGAUUGACGAGACGUUCUGCCAGUCGCUCGAGUACGGUCUUCCACCUACUGGUGGCUGGGGCCUCGGGAUCGACCGCCUAGUUAUGUUCUUGACCGAUCACUAUAGUAUCAAGGAGGUCUUGACCUUCCCCUUCAUGAAGGAUAUAGUCGAAGAGAAGAAGCAGACCGCGGCAGAGGUCGUCGACAUCACGCCCAAGCCUGAGGAAGGCAUCCCAGGCAAAUAG